UAAUUUGGGAGUAUUAGGUUAUAUCUCGUUAAAUCCCUUUCGCCCUUGCUAAAUCAAAAUGAAAUAAUUCCUCAUUUAGCUUAAAGAAAAAGGAAGACGUAUACAAACAAAAAAGGUAAGCACCACGUUGCUCAUAAAUAUCUCUAUAUAGUGUGAGAUACAUGAAGGAAGAGUAAAGAAGAAAACACAAACACGCACACUCUGAAGCUUCAAUAACUUUCUCAAUAACUUCUUAAAGCUUAAGAAAAAUGGGAACAGCUACUUUCAUAGAUAUUCUUCUCGCUAUCCUCUUGCCUCCUCUUGGUGUCUUUCUUAGAUAUGGUUGCGAGGUUGAAUUUUGGAUAUGUUUGGUUUUGACGCUUUUUGGGUAUCUUCCUGGGAUCCUCUACGCUCUUUAUGUCCUCACCAAAUAAAUUACCAUCUAUCAUCUCUUCUUUUCAUUUCAUCUCCUUGAACAGCUGUUUCGUCGUGUUUUCACAUCUUUGUGUGACUAGGAUUCAUCGUUUCUUCAGUCAGGGUUUUAUCAUUGUUGUGUGUUGCAUAGUUUUUGUUGAUAUAUAUAAAGAAGAGAUCCUUCGUUUUGUGUGAAGAACUUGUUUAUUCAAGUUUUUCAAAUAUAUAAAUAGUUUUUUCUAUCGUUUUUUUGUAACAAGUAUUUUCUCGUUUCAAUAAACAAAUGCAACAUUGAUAAAGCAUGAAA